AUGCCUGUUUUGCGAGUCUUCCGCAGAGACUACCCUCAGCGUACCCUGAUUUUGGCCACUACUGACAACGUUUUGGUCUUUAAAGCCAUCGCAGCAGAAGUGGACCACAGUACAAGGAAGAACGAACGAGACACUAUCCAUUGCUUGGUUGAAUUUGGCAGUCUGUCUUCCGUGGACUUAACAGGUUACCGCUAUAUAUGCGAUGGGCACGGUACGCUUGGGUUAAUCGCUCUGGACGGCGAUGUGUUCUUGUGUGUGGUGACUGGUGCCUCUAAGGCCGCAACAGUGAGGCCUGGCGAAGCUGUAUGGCGAAUCGACAAUGUGCACUUUCUUUGUCUCAACCAUUCAAGCUAUGAAGAUGGUCUUAAUUAUGAGUCCGAGUCCGAGUUUGCCGCUGAAGAACCCAACCGGGGUGAAAAUAAAGAAAUUGUCACUGAUCACCCAUUCUUAGCGUUGAAGAAGCUCCUAAGUGAUGGCAGUUUCUACUAUAGUCUAGAUUUCGAUCUCACUGAUCGGCUGCAGAACCGCUCGGACAAAGCUGAUGCGUUCGACAUGGGCUCUUUAGAUGAGGACAUGCUGUGGAACUCAUACAUGAUUAACCCUCUUCUUCUUCUCAGAAGCCACUUGUCUCCGCUUGAGAAACUGCACCUCGACAUGUCUCGAAUGUUGACGGGCAUUGACGAUGACGGAAACGUUGCAAAUUUUGUGGAAACGGAAACCGUUCUCUGGAUUCCUCCCGGCCUCACUUUCUCAUACGUCCAGAUUCGUGGUUCUGUGCCCCUUUUUUGGGAACAAGCACCUGGCUUCUUCCCUGGCCAGCAGAGGAUUGAGGUGAUCAGGUCGCGCGAAGCAACCAAACACGCCUUCGACAAACACUUCGAAAGUCUUGAAUCGCGAUACGGCGCUGUACAUAUCGUUAAUCUCCUGAGCGCUCUGAAACCCGGAGAAGUCGAGCUUUCAACGAGGUUUCAAGAAUUGGUCAGCAGAAGUCCACUUAACCAGAAGUCUAACUCUCGUGCCUCCUCCAACCAUAUGUUACUUGAAAUGACGGAAUUCGAUUUUCAUGCGGAGGCCCGUGGUCCGCUAGGUUAUGGAGCUAGCGAUCAAAUCAAGGACGUUAUCUUGCAUUCUGUGGAUGGUUUUGGAUACUUCUUAUCAGAGAGCACCUGCUAUGGUAACGAGGCAAACGCCUCACCCGUCGUUCUGCAACAAGAAGGCAUUUUUCGGACGAAUUGUCUAGAUUGUCUUGACAGAACCAACCUUGUACAGACGAUCAUUAGCAUGAUGGCCCUUGAGUCUUUCUUUCGUCAACGGGGAGCUCACAUUGAUCCCGAACAUCGACUCAGACACUCAACCCUUUGGGCCGACAACGGGGAUGCUCUAUCGCGAAUCUACGCUGGUACUGGUGCGCUAAAAAGCUCGUUCACGCGACAUGGAAAAAUGUCUCUCGCUGGUGCCCUUGCAGAUGCACGCAAAACCGCCACACGGCUAUACGUGAACAACUUCUCUGACAAAGCUCGACAAAGGACAAUAGAUCUACUCCUAGGACGUCUAACAAACCAAGCCCCAGUACAGCUCUUCGAUCCGAUAAAUGAUAUAGUCUCCGAGAGACUCACUCAGCGAGCAUCCGAGUAUUCUUACAAGAAAUCGGUCCUGAUCUGGACCGGAACGUUUAACGUUAAUGGACGCUAUGAGGGCCCUGAUAAUGAUUUAAUACCCUGGCUCUUUCCUCUCCCCGAUCCAGGGGGCGAAGAUCCAAGUAUCUUUGCCGUUGGUUUUCAAGAAAUUGUUGCACUAAAUCCACAACAAAUCAUGUCUACCGACCCCACUCCUCGCAAAGUGUGGGAAGCUGCUGUCAGAAAUUGUCUCAACAAUCGUGCUGAGAAGAUGGGGAGUACAAAGUACGUUCUUUUGCGGAGUGGCCAGCUGGUUGGAGCAGCUCUUAUGAUAUUUGUGAAAGAAGAUAUACUCAGAGACAUAAAGAAUGUUGAAGGCAGUGUCAGGAAAACAGGUCUCUCGGGGAUCAGCGGUAACAAAGGAGGCUGUGCUAUCCGCUUUGAAUAUUCAAAGACUCGCAUAUGCUUUGUGACUGCUCACCUUGCAGCUGGAUUCGCGAACUAUGAAGAGAGAAACAAGGACUAUGAAACUAUCUGUCGUGGUCUCAGGUUCCAGCAAAACAGAACGAUUGAUGAUCAUGACACCAUCAUCUGGCUUGGUGAUUUCAACUACCGAAUAGGUCUCAGUAAUCAGACCGUCAGAGACCUGGCAAUGCAACGCAACUACCAGGAGUUGCACGACAAUGAUCAGCUAAACCUGCAAAUGAUGGCGGGCAAUGUGUUCCAAUUCUACAGCGAGGGGCUCAUUACAUUUCCACCGACUUAUAAAUAUAACGUUGGCACAAAUUAUUACGACACAUCCGAAAAGUCCCGCAUCCCUGCAUGGUGCGAUAGAAUUCUGUGGAAAGGAUCAAAUAUACAUCAGCUGCAUUACGACUCUGCUUGUUUACAGUGCUCAGAUCAUCGCCCCGUGUGGGCACUUUUUUCCUGUGACAUCAAUUUUGUUGAUGAUCACCUAAGGGAAAAUAUCAGGAGCAUGAUCUAUGCAAUGGAGAUAGGGGAUGCACCCGAGACACCGGCAAGGUCGAAGACCCAAACAAAAAUGCGUAAGCGAGAGUCAGCUGAACUGGACUUUCUUACACUUGACCUUCCACCAGCCAGCUCAGACGAUCGGAGAUGGUGGUUGGACAAUGGUAUGCUGGUGAAAUCAAUUGUACAGCCGCCUUCAAAUGGAUGGUCACUGAACAUGAAUCGCGAGUCCAACCCAUUUUCUUCAAGUAAUGACACCGAUUGGGUACCUUCAAGAUUAACGGACAGUCAAAAGGCGGUGGUGAAUAACAUAGAUUCCAUCACAUACAAGCCCCCAUUGCCCCCACGUGGUGGGAAGGGACCUGCGAAUUCAUCGGAUUUGAUUCAAGACACUGACAUGCGAUCUUCCAGAGCAAAUGGGGCCAAAAAAGCACCACCAAUCCCUCGCAAACCUGUUGCUUUAAGCAACGAUCAUAAGGCCUUGUCUGGCCAAGCUGGAUGGCAGUCCGGUAUGGAAGUACCGGAGAGCGUUCCGUCGCAGCCAAGUAAUCGACUUGGCGUUUCGAGGUUCGAUUUGAACGACCAAAUCAGAACUCCACCUGCUGAACGCAGGGUUCCAGGUAGUCAAGACUCUCUAAGCGUUGGAUUCGGGCACUUUGGUGAAUUUGAGCGUCAUACAGACAUCACCAAGGACCUACUUGAUGGUGAAGUAAAUUCAGAAAUCAAGUGGGAGCCUUUGUUACCAAAAUGA